AUGCUCGUGGGUCCCUGGAAGGUGCGCUGUGCUCUCUCUGAUCUUUUCCCCUCAUCCGCGUCUGCGCACUUCACAGGUCAAGCUGUGGCCGGGCCGUCGUCGACGGAACAGGAGAUCGACCGAGCCCUGGAAGACCUGGGUGAGGAUGCGUCGGAGAUUCUCGAGAUGCAGACGGCCGCGCAGGAGAUAUACCUGGAGUACUCGCGCCAGAUGUCGCAGGCCAUGUAUGGGUAUGCGCUGUUACCGACGCUGGACAUGUUCCAGACGGAGUGUAACUUGGUAAGUGUCCAUAAAACGUUCAGCACGCGGUCCCUGGACACUCAAAACGUCGACGCAUUGGUUGCGAACUUCAACACGAGUACGUACCAAAAUCUACUGCAUCCCCAUCGGGUUGAGGUUGCGAUUGCCGAGGAGGCGUUCGACUUCCCCGCGAACCAAGACUGGCACCAUCCCGAACAACUGCCGUGGGUGAAGCUCAAGCCACGGGAGCUCGGCGCGGGGGAGCACAGCGACGCGCCGCGAACACACGCCGCGUACACGCUCAUCGGGCAGCAUCGGAUCGAGGCGAGCAAGCAGAUGCUCCAGUCGUACGUGGAGACCAUGGCGAAAACCGAUGCGGAGCUCGCCGCGAUAGGAGAGAACAGUCCGAGGUCGAAGGGGUUGCGCACGAAGCGCGAAAAGCUGUACGACCGCCUUCGCAAGCACGGAUGCUGGCUAUGCGUCGUAUAUAAGUAUGGGUCGCUGGGCGACAGGAAAGCGGCGGAGUGGCAUGCACAGAACAAGUCGUAUCCGAGCAAGGGGGAGACGCCGGAGGAGCAAAUGCGCCAGAACAUGCGCGAAUUGUACAAAUGGCGAUCCACCGGGUCGGCCAAGGACUUGCUUCAGGCGCACAUCCGGCUAAGUACCAUCGUCCACAACAUCCGGCCACCAGGCACGUCCGGCAGCAUGCUGCAGACGGCCCUCACGCACAUGUACCGCAACCCCGCCAUCCGGCAUUUCCUGUGCUCACUCACGCCCAUCCUCGACGCCUCGCUCCCUCUGUACAACGAUGGGUCCGAUCCCACGAAAACGCGGGGGUUCGGGCGUCAUUACUACGACCGGUGCGCGCUGUUCGCCGUCAGCUCUUGGCGACGCGUGUUUGCGAAAGGAGGUGGGAUCACGCUCUUCGCGAUGAUGCGGAUGCAGUGGGUUAUGGGUGUCAUCGGCUCCAAGGAGUCUUUCCACGGCAUCAAAGAAGUCGAGGAGAUCUGCGACGAAUACGACAAGGCACGCGUGUCCAGGGAUAGGUACCUGCGAAUGAAGCAAGCCCCGCUCAACGCGUCCGAGAAUGCUGCAGCCGACCGGAAGACGGAACUCGCGAUGUACGCCGUCGCGCACGAUUUGGACGAGGUGGAUGGUGCGAUUUCGUCGACGGUCGCCCGGUCGGCCGACCGUCUUCAGCGCGAGUACACGCGCGGCGCGCAGUUGCCCAACUACGAGCUAUGGACCGACGAGAUGCUAGACACCGUCGACCAGUUCGCGACCGACCACCUCGUGGAUGCCGCCUCCCUCGGGGUGCGUUGCAAGCAGGGUUUCUCCAUGAUGAACCAAUACAGCUCUGCGCUCAUCAACCAGCUGCGGUUGAAGGCGGGGGGUGCGCUAGGUCAGGAGGACGAUGAUGAGGAUCUGCUGGCGACGGAAGGAGACCCGCAGACGCCUCGGAGCAAGAAACGCGCUUGGGCUAAGAAACGCGUCAAGGCGCACAAGAAGCAUAUGGAACAUGUCAUUGGCCGUCUCGCAUACGCGUACUACAACUGGACGGUGUUGGAUGAUGCUGAGUUCACGCCGGAGCUGCCGCUGUUGACGUGCCAUGCCAUCUCGCUGGUCGGCGCCCAGGUCGGGAUGUACUCGCGAGGGUGGGAACGGGUUGCGCACAUGUUCGAACCGACGGCGUACUCACCGCAUAUCAAUUCCAACGCGUCGGCGGCCACCAACACCAAGGACAAGGUUGAGGCAGACAAGACGCUCCAUGCGCUGAUGGCGACGGUCAAUACGCCGUACCUCAAGACUGGCUCGGUCCGGGACUUCACGCAGUCCGACAGCGUUCAUUGGGCACUUGCGCGCGAAUUCUUCGGCGAUAGACACACCUUCGUCGCGUUGCUCCAGGACUGCUCUGGUAGCCCGCCGGCAUCCGUCUCGAUGUUCCGUGCCCUGACGCGGGACUCGCUCAGGAUGACCUACAUGCCGCUCACGCAGGACGUCCCCACUGUGGUAUCCAAGGCGGCCAAGUUCACCGUGAAAGGCAACGGCAAGGGGAAGGGGAAGGCGAAGUCAGAGGAGAAGGCGCGCGCGGACUCCAGCGCCCUCGCGCAGGACCAUGACAACGCUGUGAAGCAAUUCGCGGUGUCGCCAGCAGGGACCGUCUUCCCCAAGCUGGACAUCAGGCAGCACGUCAAGAUGUUUUCGUCAAACCUCAGAUGCGUCACCGACGCCAUCGCGAUGAAGACACCUGACCUCCUCCAGGACACCGGUAUCAGUCUUGACACCCCCGCCAUGCGUGCGCUCAUGCACACGACAGCCAGCACGGCGGAGAAGAAGAGCGCCGCCCCCGCUGCGGCUGCCGGUAAGAAAGGGAACGCGUCUGCGGGCCCCGUCGCGGGAUUCACCGCUGACAUCGCUGAGGCGGACACCGUGGAGGGCGUGGGCAGCGUGACCGCUGCGGCUGUGCCCAAGGCUGCGACUCGCGUCUUGGUUCCAAUGGUUGUCUACUUGCUGAACGAGGUCGCCAUUGCGCAACUCCUGUACAACGACCCAGGGUCAAAGUGGUGGUCGAAGCCUAUCGGCGAGUUCCGCGAGAAGUAUCGUCUGCUCAUGGACUCCUUUAUCGACAGGAAUGGGUCUCCGGAUGCGAAACACGCCCACUUCCAGUGGUGGGACCUCGACAAGCCGAAGCCGGAGUGGGAUGCGCACCCUGUCCCGCAGUGGUACGUGGACGGCGAACCGAAUCCGCAGCUCCUUCUGUGGAAGAAAGGGCUGGACCAGAUGGGUCUCGUCCUUACCAAGCAGAAGAACGGUCCUGGCACCCCAUGGCAGAAGGGAAGCGGCGCGGCCGGUGGCAGCGGCGGCGACAAGCCUGGCGAUACGGCCGACAACGCCAUGGACGUUGACGAACUAGCGGACCCAUCAUCGUCGGCGCCAAAGGGAAAGGCGACUGGGAAGGCGAGACGAACGACGGCGGCCA